AUGUUUACAGGAUUAAUUGAGACUAUAGGAACAGUAACAGAAUAUAACAAAAACGAUACUUCAUCAUCUGGUGGAAAUGGAGUAACACUAAUCAUAUCAGAUUGUUCUCCAAUACUUGAAGAUGUACAAUUAGGUGAUUCAAUAUCAACAAAUGGUGUCUGCUUAACAGUUACUGAAUUCGACCCAUCCAAAACAUGGUUUAAAGUAGGUAUAGCCCCAGAAACUUUAAGAAAGACAAACCUUGAGUCAUUAACGAAAGGAUCAAAAGUUAAUCUUGAAAGAGCAGUUACUGCCAAUGUAAGACUUGGUGGUCAUAUUGUUCAAGGACAUGUAGAUACAAUAGCUACAAUAACCAAAAAGGAAUCAGAUGAGAAUGCAAUAAAUUAUACUUUUAAAUUAAGAGAUGUUGAAUUUAUAAAUUAUAUUGUUCAUAAGGGAUUUAUUGCAAUUGAUGGUACUUCAUUAACUGUUACUAAUGUAGAUAAUGAAAAAGCAGAGUUUUCAAUUAUGUUAAUUAGUUAUAGUCAAUCUAAAGUUAUAUUAUCUAAGAAAGAAGUUGGUGAUACUGUUAACAUUGAAGUUGAUUUGACUGGUAAAUUAAUUGAAAAACAGAUAGAGAUCAAUUUACAAAAACAUAUAAAUGAUGAUUCAAGUAGCUUGAAUCAGUUGAUUACUCAAUUAAUAGAAAAGAAGUUGAAAGAAAGACUUGAUUGA